AUGUCAAAAAUAAAGAUGCCUUACACACCUGUUUGCCACUAUUACCAGGCGGGUUGUUGCAGAAAUGGAGACAUUUGCACUUUUGUACAUCCAAAAGUUCGUUGUCGUACUUUCGCUGCCGAUGGGUGGUGCCCCUAUGGAUACAACUGUCAUUUUUGGCAUGAUCCAUCCGUCAAACCAACUAAUGUUAGCUUGUUGAAAAAACCAUGUCAGUUCUUUGCAAAUAACCAGUGCAAAUACGGAGAUAAGUGUAGUUUCUCUCACGAUGUUGAUAAUCAUCACGAUAAUGGAGUUACGUUAGAAGAAUAUCGGGCUGCGAAAAAAUUAGCAGGACUGUCUAUCGGUAGUCAGUUUUCAGAGUCCGAGGAUGUUGUUAUGCCAAAUAGUAAGCCAAAUGAAUAUAGCUCCGAAAGCAACAUUUCUGCAAUUUCAUCCCCAAUACUUAUUAAAUUGUCAAGUAUAAAAAGAACUUUACUAUCUAAUUGCACGAGUAAUGGGAAUAUGGUUAAUAAUGCUGCAUAUUCCUGCAUAAAACCUGGGUCUGCGAGAAUGCUUAGUCUCCAGAGUGCCUCAAAAGAGGAAGUUUAUUCGCUAAAUCAGUUUGAAAUUGAAUGGCUGAAGAAGCGUUUCCUUACAGAUAAGUUAUGUGAAGUGGAAUCGAAUAAGGACUGUCACAUAUUUUGCAUCAAGUUUUCUUCGAGUGAUCCAGACUGGGUUUAUGAUGUUCGUGAAAUUGUGUUGAAUAUAACCAUUCCAAAUAUGUAUCCAAAAGAACCAGUUCAGGUCAGAGUAUUAAUGCAAGGGCAUUUACCAACUGUUUUAGUUGAACAUUUGAAUAAAUCCAUCGAGUCAUGGAUCAGAUGUAAACAUGAAUAUUUCGAACGAAUGAAACGAAUAGAACCUUAUCUUCGACCUUUAUUUUUUUGGCUUGAUCGUAAUCUGGAAGAAAUGUUCACUGAAGGCUUACGUAAAUACAAAGCACUGUUGGAGAGCGGAGAAUUUGGUCAGAGCUUGAGUGCAGUGCCGACUGAAGAUAGUGAACAUAAUAUAUGCCAGCGCCAAUACACAGAAAAUCAGAAGUGUAAAAGUACUUCAUCGUUGGUCGAUGAUAAUCUCAUUGGUUUAAUACCACCUGUUGUAUCUGGCAAAUCAAUUAUAGAUGAUGAACAAAUAAACCGAAACCUGAUUAUUAACAAAAAGUCGCAAAUUAAAGAUAAUACGGAAUUUUUUGAAAACGAUAAAGUUAUACUUAAUGAAACUGGUAACUGCCUGUCAACUUAUUCAAAUUCAUAUGUAUUAAAAAAUGAAAGAAAUAAUCAUCUUAUCUGUGAUCAAGUCAAAAGCGAGAUUUCUUCAAAGACUUCAUCACUGGACGAUUAUAGUCACACACAUUUUAUUCAUCCUAUAGUUCCAGCAGAAGAAAACUUGAAUGAUGGUGAUGACGAGGGAAGCGAUGACACUUCAGUCGCUGAUAGUCAUUCAUCACACAAAGAUGAAGCUAAUUCACAAACUGAUGAGUUUGUAUUAAAAUCAACUGACAAUGAUGAAGGUGAUGCAGACCCUGAAAAUACUUACCCUUCAAUAAAUGAAAGCAAAAUGUUGUAUGCAAAUAUGUCCGAUUCUUCCAAAUUAACCACACCUGGUACGCAAAACCUAAUAAUGAGUGAUCUUAGACUAUUUGGUAAAGCAGGAACGUUUUUACAACGACGUCUGUCUGCUUCUCUACAUUGUACUCGUUGCAGGUUACCCUUCCAAUGGCUUUUUAGUUUCCACAGAGCACCGACUUCGAGUAACUUUAAUGGUCCUGAUAUGAUAAAUCGGUUUCUACGAUCACUUCCUCCCUAUUCAGCACACUGUGCACGCUGUCAGCAAAAAUUUAGUUUACUUUUCCAAGCGAAUUUAGCCCAUGCAUUUGAUAAAAAUGUUGGAACUUUACAUUUAGAUGGUUGCAUUGCUGAUGAUGUUCCACCGAAACAGUCUGAUGGCAUUAUAUAUUGUACUGAGUGUUUCAGUUCUAUACGAAUUGUUAGUCUUGGAUUCGAUCAUCCCCAUACGAGGCGUUGUUUUAAGUGUCAUUCCAUAGUUGGACUAGAAUUUAGCAAAUUUUGUUUGGAAUUAAUAAAACAACCAAGUGCGGGGAUUUCGAAAACAGGUGAACUUUCUGAGGACCAAAAAGCCUCUCGAAGACUGCGCCGUGCAUUGAAUUCGGCUCAGAACGCACUUAUUCAAGAUGGUUCACCCUUACCGGCCUACGGUACUUGCAAACAUUAUCGCAAAAGCUAUCGGUGGCUGAGGUUUCCGUGUUGUGGACGUCUUGAACCGUGUGAUGUUUGUCAUGACAACUCUGCCGUUGAUGGGCACGAAAUGGAACUGGCCACUCGUAUGAUCUGUGGUUUUUGUUCAAAAGAACAACGUUUUUCGGCUGUCAAACCGUGUAUAAGAUGCGGAAAAACAUUGUCAGGAUCUCGGUCAUCCCACUGGGAAGGAGGUAAAGGUUGUCGUAAUCGAGUAACAAUGUCACGAAAAGACUCCAAAAAAUAUUCCCAAGUUGAUAAAGUGCCGUCAAAAAAGAAAACCUCCAAGAGUUAA